AGGAGAACAAAACGCCAUUUUUACGCAACCUACCUUGAACUAGAAGAGAAGAGAGAGCAAAAAACAAAGAGAGAGAUGGGUGAGACAAAGGCAGAUUUCAGGGACAUGUCAAGAAUUCCUAAAGUUCGAGAGGGGUUCUACGCGACGAACAAUCAGUUUCAGAAAGCGGGUCCAAAGGGUUUCGUUCAAGUGAAGGUUCUGGAGAACGACAAUCUCUACGUGCGUGUCGACUUGCCUGGUGUUCCAGACGACGCCGUUCGCUACAGAGUUGACGCCGUGAGACAAAAGGUUGUCUUUUUCUCCGGUGAAACUCUGAACAACGGCAAGGAAGGUGUGCGUCAGUACUCUGGAACCGCUGGGCUUGGCUGUGACUGCUGCGAGAUCACAGGCGUGGAUGCCAAAAUGAAAGAUGGAGUUUUGAGGAUGAUUCUCACAAGGGUCAAGGUUGUGAGCAAGGCUCAAGACAACAACAACAACAAGUGUACUCUCACUGUGCCUCCUUUUACAGGUUCGACUCAUUCCUCUUCUCUAAAGUCACAAUCUCUUUUGCUGCAUCAUUUGUUGUUAAUACAGUACUCUCUGUUCUUUAUUAAGGUCAAUCCGGAAUACGCUUGGAGGAUCAUCCGUGUCUGGUGUCUGGUCGCAAGGGAGCACUAAUUGGGGUGACAAAAGCGGGAGGAGGGGCUCACUUUGCAGUGGACAUGCCAGGUGUUAGUCCGGAUGAUGUGGAAGUGUAUGCUGAUGAAAAGGAAAUCAGAUUCAAAGCUGAGAUCAAGGACGUGUAUGAACACGAUGAGAGCGGUCGAACCUACCUCGGAAGCGUCCAAAGUCCUUUUCCCGCUUUAAUUUCGAACAACACCAUCGCUUGGGAUGCAGAAUUUGGUGUUCUCAGGAUUGCUGUCAUACCUCCUGACGACAUGACCACCAUCAACAACAAAAGAAACCCUAUUGAAUGAAUGAUCUCUCUACCUCUCUUUUAGCUAGUACUCUACUAUAUUUUCAUUUUGGGACAUUGACUAGUUUUCUCUGUUUAAGUUGAGACAUUGUGUGUGUGAGAGAGAUUAGUCCUGCUUUUGUGUUUGCUAUCGAAUCAAGUGAUUCAUGUCAUUUGUUUUCACAAUCUUAACUCUUUUGUUCCCCUAAGCUGAAUUCAAAAACAAACAAACUGGAUCCCUCGAAUAACCUGAUUGGUGAUGAUGAUUGCUCAAAACCCCCUAAAGCUGAUUCCAUGGAAUGUCAAUUGUUUAUAGAUCCUAGGACAUUUGAUCUGUCACUCAACAGUGCCUA